AUGUCCGAGAGCUCCUCCAGCAAGGAGGGUGCCCCGGGCGAGUGCCCCGUGUGCUACGAGAAGUUCCAGCCCCUGGAGGCCACGCACCGGCGCCUCAGCUGCGGCCACACGUUCUGCCACGACUGCCUGGUGAAGUGCCUGCUGUCGGCCAAGCUGGACGGGCACGUCCAGAGCAGCAUCAUCUGCCCCGUGUGCCGCUUCGUCACCUUCCUCAGCAAGAAGAAGGCUCUGUGGCCGCCCAGGGCAGGCACCAACCCCCGGACGCUGGAGAUGCCUCUGUCGCCAUCCUCCUUGUCCCAGCUGGCCAAAAGCCAGGCCAGCAACACGCUGGUGGUGCCCAGUCACUUCGUGAUGCCGGUGCAGAGCCUGGAGCGGUGCUCGGCGGGGCUCCCGGGGGUGCUGGCACGGGAAGCUCACAUCUUCGUCAUCAGCGACCACGGGAUGCCGCUGGUGGCCACGGACUGCGGCUCCCUGGGCAGCAGGAGCAGGAGCAGCUCGGUGUCAUCCAGCCCGGCCCUGGGGCUGCAGUGCUGCCAGUCCCCCAUGGCCCUGGCCGUGAUGCUCGUCCUGACCGUGGCCAUGCUGGCGGCCGUGCUGCCGUGGCUGCUGCUGGUCAGGAGGGACUUGUAG